UGGAGGUUUGGCUUGAGCUAACGAUCCAAAUAAUAAUCCUGAAUUCGGCAUUUUAAUUCUAACAUUUAUUGUUCCAACACGCUUCACGUUGUCGGUGUCAUCAUGACCAAAUGGGACAACAUCAUUGCAUUCCUCUGUUUUUCUUACAAUUUGAGUUCUAGAGUUGUCUGCGGAGCCACUUACCAAACCAAUGGGAUGCGUGUUUCGGAUGCGUGCAAAGGAUUUAUCAGCCUCAAUAAUACAAUCAAUUGUGCUAGUUGUUCAAGCAUGUGCCAUGUGCUGCUUCAAAGUCAAAACGAACUUGAUCCAGAAUGUAUCGCAGUCCAAGUUGACUCUUCAAACACUCAAUGUACUCAAGCUAAGGCUGAAAAUGGACAGAUCUUAUGCUUUGACACCAAGAUACGGAGCGAAGACCAAGUGACCAUUGUCGAUGCUGAUCGAGUGGAUUCCAUGAAAACAUAUCCUUAUAUUGGAGGGCUCACUGAUGAAGAUCUUGUCAAAUAUGUGCCAGUGGUUCAGACUGAUCCUCCACUGCCCGAAUAUACCCACCCCACAUCUCCCUUUGAGAAAUGGGGAUUUGCGCCUUCAGUCCUUUUCAAUCACGGGUUGUUUACGUGUCGGGAGAGGUUUGGAGCCUGCGCUCACUGGCCAUUUCGCUCAAAUACUUGGACCCCUAUGCCCAAGCCACUUGUUUUACGCCAUGGAAGUGGUCUUGGAAUCUGGAAUGGGCGUCCAAUUGCCCCUGGUGGUUUUGGUUCAGCUUAUCGAGCAAUUGAUUCCGUGGAAUACUAUGAUCCUAAUCAGCAGAAGUGGGUCACUGGACCCAAAUUGACCCCACCUCGUGGUUUUCACACCAUUGUUCAAGUUGAUGAAAGCACUAUGAUAGUUAUAGGAGGCAAGGACGAGGCCCCAGUGACCUAUACAGAUCUUUUAUCUGCUGGAGAUUCUCAAUGGGUGAAACUGGAGGGGCGACCUAAAGCCGUGUUUGAUAGCAUCUGUGGGGUAGUGGAAUUAGGUGAUAAAGGAAGGGGAAUUCUAUCCAUGGCAGGCUACACAGAUUCUGUUAAGAUAAAACAAUCGUAUUUUCUGGCUUUUGAGUCAAUGACUUGGACUCCUGUGCCAGAUUUGGACGCUCCUUAUGCGACUUAUGUCGGAUCCGUCAUCCAAUGGGAUUCAUGGAUCUACUUCAUACCUCAUUAUGGAACGAUUUCAAUGGACGCCAAGCCAUACAUGAAGAAUGUAGAAGAGUUAAACCUAUCAUGGAAAACAAGUUCCAAGCUCUUUCCAGGGCUUGGACCAACGUCGCAACUAAAGAUAUUGAAUGUCAUUGUUCUUAAUACGACAACAACGUGAUCUUCUGUCGUAAAAUUAAUUACCUUUAUUCCAGCAUGCUUUUUUUUGAGGGUGCUUCUUUUCAUUUCUCAAUUUUCACCUUUAAAAGAUUGAUUGAGGUUUACCACUGCAACACUCGGACUUAAAAUGCAACCAAAAGGAAGUAAACUUCGUUUGAUUACUCGCAAUAAAAAAGAAUAAUUCUGAAAUAUAGCAAUCUUAAAUGA